UCUCUAAUUAAAGCUAGCGAUCUUCCUGGAAAAAGCACUUUCCAGAUUUAUCUAUCUCAAACAUUACCUCGGGGCCUAAACUCAUAGUCCGUCCCACAGGAGAGUGAGCAACUUUGGUCCAGGGUCAACAUCAUCGACCCCAGAUCCAAUUGGACAGAAAUAAACUACCCAACUUCUCCAAUUAUCUGUUUUCUUUUUCCUUUUUCCUGUUUCUGUGGAAUUGGGUAUCUGGGAUUGCUUGGUCUGCUAAUCUUGGUUAGGCGAUAUUUUCAGUCACCAUUCACAACAACCAUCAGCGGGGAAAACCCAUGUCUGGGAAUUUGGCCCCGCUUAUUGUUCGGGUGUUUUCAGGUUGCAUUUUGUUAAUUGCAGCAUUAUCUUGGAGAUAGAAAAGGAAGAAAUAUGAGGAUGAGGAACAAAUACAGGAAACCAACCCGUUUAAGUUGCAAUGCAGGGAGCAGAUGUUCAAUAUCUGCUGUGGUGUGGAGCUUGAUAGGUUGUCUUCUCAUUCUUCAUCUAUACUCCCUUGUUCACCAAAAGGAUGGGAUGGGCGGAGAGAUCCAGUUUCGCAUGACUCACCAACCACAGUUCCGUGAACUUGAAGAGGUGGAGGAAGAAAAUAUCCAAAUCCCCCCACCUAGGGGAAAAAGAUCCCCACGUGCAGCUAAAAGAAGGCCUAAGCGGACAACCACUCUGGUCGAUGAAUUUCUAGAUGAGAAUUCACAACUUAGAGGAGUAUUCUUUCCUGAUGAGAGAACUGCUGUAGAUCCAAUGAAGGAUUUGGGGAAUGAUACCUUUUACUAUUACCCUGGAAGGAUUUGGUUGGAUACUGAUGGAAAUCCAAUUCAAGCCCAUGGAGGUGGUAUUCUUUAUGAUGAAAAGACAAGGACAUACUAUUGGUAUGGAGAAUAUAAAGAUGGACCCACCUAUCAUGCUCACAAGAAAGGAGCAGCACGGGUUGACAUCAUAGGAGUUGGUUGCUAUUCUUCCAAGGACUUGUGGAAAUGGAAGAACGAAGGUGUUGUGCUGCUAGCAGAAGAGAAAAAUGAAACACAUGAUCUACACAAAUCCAAUGUUCUUGAGAGGCCAAAAGUGAUUUACAACCAGAAGACAGGGAAGUAUGUAAUGUGGAUGCAUGUUGACGAUGCCAACUACACUAAAGCUGCUGUUGGUGUAGCAAUUAGUGAUUACCCAACUGGUCCUUUUGAUUAUCUAUAUAGCAAACGGCCACAUGGUUUCGAAAGCAGAGAUAUGACCAUUUUCAAGGAUGAUGAUGGCAUGGCAUAUCUGGUUUACUCCUCUGAAGACAAUAGUGAACUUCACAUUGGACCAUUAACUGAAGAUUAUCUCGAUGUGACAGAAACCAUGAGAAGGAUUCUAGUGGGACAACACCGGGAAGCCCCUGCUCUGUUCAAGCACGAUGAAACUUAUUACAUGAUCACCUCAGGCUGCACUGGAUGGGCACCAAAUGAGGCUCUAGCGCAUGCAGCAGAGUCAAUUAUGGGUCCGUGGGAAACUAUGGGAAACCCAUGCAUCGGUGGGAACAAAAUGUUUCGACUUACAACUUUUUUUGCUCAGAGCACGUACGUGGUUCCUCUGCCUUCAUUUCCUGGUUCAUUUAUUUUUAUGGCAGAUCGGUGGAAUCCAGCUGACUUGCGGGACUCAAGAUAUGUAUGGCUGCCAUUGAUCAUUGGGGGACCAGUUGAUCAGCCCCUUGAUUACAAUUUUGGGUUCCCCUUAUGGUCAAGGGUUUCGAUAUACUGGCAUAGAAAGUGGAAACUCCCUCAGGGGUGGAGUGGGUUGACAUGGAUGUAGUUUCUCUUUAUUUCAUUAAUGUAUCAUAUUGAUGGUUCUGCUUAUUCUUUCACUGGCUUGCAUUUGUUGUGUUACUGUAAAUCUAUAUAAAUGGGCAUUGUAUAUAUAGUUCCACAGCAAGUUGACUGAGGUGCAGAAAUAUUUAGUCUGUAGCACUGCCAGUGAACCUUUUCUUUUUUCAGAUUAUGUUAAUAUUAGGUUGAGGAAGAGUGUAAGUUAUGCGAGAAAGAUCAUCUAUAUUGGUUGGAAAUUUUGUUGACAA